GUCCACAGAAUUAAGAUAUCAUCCUCCUUGCACAAACAGAGCACAACCCCAAUAUGGGUUUAGUUCUGAGUUGCUUAGAUCCUCCCACUACUGUACUUGGACUGCUUUCUCUACUGCUGCUAGGGUUCUCUCUCACAAGAAGGUCCAAAGCUCAUGGGACGAGAGAGGCUCCUGUAGCAGGUGGAAGUUGGCCCGUUGUUGGCCACCUUCCCCUCCUAAGCGGUAAAAACAUACCCCAUUACUCUCUGGGUGCUCUGGCCGACAAGUACGGACCCAUCUUCACCGUCAAGCUCGGGUCUCGACGUGCUCUGGUGAUCAACAACUGGGAAAUGGCUAAGGAAUGCUACACCACUAACGACUUGGCCGUCUCCUCGCGCCCUAAACUUGUGGCUGUUGAUAACCUCAGCUACAACCAAGCCAUGUUCCUCUUCGCACCUUAUGGUCCUUAUUGGCGUGAGAUUCGCAAGUUCGCCACUCUGGAGUUGCUCUCCAAUCGUCGAAUCCAGCAGUUGAGUCACGUGCGCGUGUCCGAGGUUGAUUCUUGCGUGAAAGGGCUGUUUCAACUCUGGACUGAGAAAAAGAACGAGUCGGCCGGCCAGGUCUUAGUGGAUCUGAGUCUGUGUUUUGGGGAAUUGACCAUGAACGAGGUUCUUAGAACGAUGUCUGGGAAGCGAUAUUUUGGCGGGAGAGCCGAGGUUAACGAGGAGGAAGCACGACGGUUUCUGAAGACUUUGAGAGAGUUCGUUCGUCUGAUGGGAGUGUUUGUGUUAGGGGAUGCUCUUCCUUAUCUUCGACGGCUGGAUUUGGAUGGACAUGAAAAGGCCAUGAAGAUAAUCGCAAAGGAACUCGACGCCAUUUUAGAUGAGUGGCUAGAAGAGCACCACCGCAAGAGAGCCUCCGGAGACCAUAAAGGGGACGAAGAUUUCAUGGACGUCAUGCUCUCUGUUCUUGGUGGCUCAGAGCUGGGAGGAUAUGAUGCAGAUACCAUCAACAAAGCUACGACAUUGAUAUUAAUUGCUGGAGGGGUUGAUACUAGCACAGUAACCCUGACAUGGGCAGUGUCCCGUCUGUUAAACAACCCCCAUGCUUUGCGAGAAGCACAGAAAGAAUUGGACAUCCAAGUUGGAAGAGAAAGACGCGUGAAAGAAUCAGACAUAAAUCAACUGGUAUAUCUUCAAGCAAUAGUUAAAGAGACGCUAAGAUUACACCCACCAGCGUCUCUCUCUGGGCUUCGUGAAUUCACAGAGGAUUGCACCGUGGGGGGCUACCUUGUUAGAAAGGGAACACGACUCAUUACCAAUUUGUGGAAGAUUCAAACAGAUCCCACUAUUUGGUCAGACCCCCUUGAGUUCAAGCCAGAGAGGUUUCUCACUACCCAUAAAGAUGUUGAUGUGAGAGGGCAUCACUUCGAGUUACUUCCAUUUGGAAGUGGCAGAAGAAUAUGUCCUGGAAUAUCGUUCGGCCUUCAAACCAUUCAUCUCACUCUGGCCACUUUCCUGCACUCGUUUGAAUUCUCAAAGCCAUCUGAUGAGCCCAUUGAUAUGGCUGAAGUUUUUGGACUCACUACCAUGAAAGCUACUCCUCUCCAGGCCCUCGUCCGACCCCGUCUCUCUUCCCAGCUCUACGAUGCUCUGUGAUCAUCGUCAUCGGCACUUCAAAUUUUUUGUUGACUAAAUAAGUUUGACCAAGUCCAAUCAGAUUUCAUGAUGCCAGAUAUCGCGUGUGUCAUUGUACUGGUCUCAUUAAUGUGCCAAAAAUAAAGUACGUGUUUUUUGGGUUUAAUCAUAGUAAAGGAAAUAAAAGUACUGCCAUAUGAUUCUAUGACUAGCGUGUUUUUGAAUUUAUAAAUAAAAGCCUGUGUUGAUUCCUUCUUU